UAUCCUGAGGAACCUCAGACUGUGAGGGACGGUGCCGUCCUUCCAAUAGUUAAGAGGUUUUCCUGUACUGAAUGUGGGGAGUGCUUCCAAUUUAAAUCCUGGCUUAUUGUGCAUAUCAGAACUCACACAGGAGAGAAGCCACAUUCCUGCUCUGAGUGCCGGAAAUGUUUUUCAUUGAAGUCCCAUCUUAGAGAACAUCAGAGAUCUCACACUGGGGAAAAGCCAUUUUCCUGUCUUGAGUGUGGGAAAUGUUUUGUAAGUAAAUCAAAGCUUGUUCUACAUCAGAGAUCUCACACGGGAGAGAAGCCGUAUUCCUGUUCUGAGUGCGGCAAAUGUUUUGUAAGUAAAUCAAAGCUUGUUCUACAUCAGAGAUCUCACACGGGGGAGAAGCCGUAUUCCUGUCCUGAGUGCGGAAAACGCUUUUCCGAUAAGUCCAGUCUUAAUCAUCAUCAUCAGAGAUUGCACACAGGUGAGAAACGUUAUUCCUGUAAUGAGUGCGGGAAAUGUUUUAUUCAGAAGGCCAGAUUUUACACACAUCAGAGAUUGCACACAGGUGAGAAGCCGAUUUCAUGUUCUUUUUGCGGGAAAUGUUUUAAACAUAAUUCAGAACUUGUCUCACAUCGAAGAUCUCACACGGGGGAAAAGCCCUAUUCCUGUCCUGAGUGCGAGAAAUGUUUUUCAGGGAAGUCUAAGCUUUCCAAACAUCAGAGAUCUCACACGGGGGGAGAAGCCACUUUCCUGUCCUGAGUAAGGGUAAAUGUUACUCUCUGAAGUCCUGUUUUCCUGUAUAUCAGGGAUCCCACCCAACCCUAUAUUAGCGCUGUAAUGAGCUGUAUUAGCACCUUGAAUGUUGCUGGACAUCACAGCUCUCA